AAACUGAAUACUGAAGUUACUGUCCAGUAAUUUGCUACCGAACGUUAAGUAAACUAAACGCACGUCGGGCCGCAGCACGGCGGUCGGGACCGAGAGGGCGCCGCGAGUCGUGCUACGUCUUAAAUGGAAGCCUAUUUUCGUCGAAUCCUUUACGCUAAAAAGAAGUAAAUUAGGGAGGUUAGCGUCGUGUCUCGCCGAACUUCGAAGCGAUUGCGAUGCGGCUCCUCCUUCCCGUGCUAUUGGCGUUGGGCGGCUCAGCUCCGCCAAUGAGACCGCGCUUAGCCCCACUCGCUGCCAUUUCAUAUUACUAAGAUUACGUUUUCCUUGAUUAAGAAAAAUGCCAAGUUUUCAAUAAUUAUGUUACUAAUGUACCGUCAAAAUUUGAUAUGCGUAGCGACACGGCGUGCCAUCAGUACCACGCGGAGAGCAGAGAAGCGAAGAUUUUUUAAAGUUAUAUGAAGCGCGUUUUGUGAGUGGACUUUGAAUAAUCAACCACAUAUUCAGGUAAAUGGUAAAGUGUGAGGACGCCUACACGGCGGCGGGCGUCGAGCUUUACGUUGAUGUGUUUCAACCGCGAGAUUCGUGAGAGCAUUUGAUUCAGUCCGCUGCUCGGGCACGGCGCGCGUCACUCGCAUCGCGCUCCGCUUGCGUCAACCGUCCGUCGACCGAAAGCGAAACUGCGCCCGCCCGCCCAGAGCGCGUCUAUAACGUUAUUUUAAAAAUAAAUCGCAAUAAUAUUCACUAUUAUUGUUUGUACAAAGUUAUCGGUUUAGUUCAAGACUCACGCAAGUGUUUAUCAACAAACGAAAAAGUUAAUAAAAGUGAAACUUAGCGAAAAACUCUUAUAAACUUAUUAUAGUGAUUUAUUAAGGAUGUUUGCAAUGCUGCCGAUUUAACAUUAUAAAGAGGCCUUUGGAUUUCAAGACGGCGGUGGAUAAUUUACUUCGCCCUGAAUUAGAAAAAGUGGUGGCCCGAAGUACCGAUGGGGCAGGCCUCGAUGGAGGCUGCGAAGACGACGUCUCGCGGCUGACUCCAGGCCUGCAUCCAGAAACAACCUUCGACAUGAACGAUCUGCCGUCGAACAGCUACACAUUGGACACGCGCAGAAUGCAACUAUACCCGCACCCACACGUCCAUCCCACGGAGCUGUCGAUUCAUGCGGUGUCUACACAUGAGUUGCUGAAGCCCAAAGACGAACCUUCAUAUUCGUUGGCCGCUUCAUCGAAUCUUUGCUCGGUUAGCCUACACCAUGCAGGUGCAUCGCCCUACGACAGCCGAAUUUGUCUUCAAGAAAGCAACACGGACGCGUCUAAUUCCCAAGCUGUAAAAGGGGAAGAAGAAUUGUCAAGAGUCUACCAGACUUUAUCGUUACCUGCUCUUCCGAGGGAUGAUAGCAAUUCAAACAACAACAGCAAUGAAACAAAGAGUAAAUCUAAGUCAUCGGCCCCAACCAGCCCAGGAAAUUCUGAAAUGAAGCCGCAGUCCACCACACCGACGUCCCAGGCUCUAACUAAACCACCAUACUCUUACGUAGCUCUCAUAACGAUGGCUAUACAGAACAGCGAAACAAAACGCGCUACGCUAAGUGAAAUUUACGCUUAUAUCACCAAGGAAUUCCCAUUCUUCGAAAAGAAUAAAAAAGGAUGGCAAAAUUCAAUUCGGCACAAUUUAAGUCUAAACGAGUGUUUUAUAAAAGUACCUAGAGAGGGAGGCGGUGAGCGUAAAGGCAAUUACUGGACUCUUGAUCCUCAAUGCGGCGAAAUGUUCGAGAAUGGGAACUUCAGGCGGCGACGGAGAAUGAAGAGACCUUUCCGAGCCACCCCAUACUCCAAGCCGUACGGUUACCACGUGACUCAUGUGGGGCAACAUGUCCCGCCUCACAUGCAACCACUGCCGCUGGGAGCCAGGAAUUACUUCGGACCGGCUUCCCCGUACCAUCCACCCUCAUACCCACGAUAUGACACUACAUGGCUAACGCAGUCGCCGAGCGGGCUAGGGUACGCGGGCGCGUGCGGAAGUAUGGGUCGCAGUCCGCCCGGGUGUUCGCCACACAGCGCGCUGCCCCACCAGUCGUCGCCAGUCGCUGUCAAUCCAUUUGCCACACAUCAAAUACAAGGACAGCUCCAGAGUCCAUUGCAGCCUAUGCAAUCCAUGUCGAUGAACACCUAUAAUGCUAUUGGAGUCAGUGCUUUGGACGGGUCCCCGAGCCCUGGUCCUGGUUAUGCUCCUUCUACAGGUGGCUUUUCACCAAACCGGCAUCACGACAUUGUCACGUCAUCGGAUGCAGCGGUUACUCGAUUCCCGUUUUGGCCAGAAGGUGGUUCACCAAGUCCAAAUCCGAAUUAUGUGGCGUCGAGCAGUUUUUCACCCACUCGCCGCCAUGAGGCUGUCACUUCGUCAGAUGCUACAAGUGCUCGUUUUUCGUUCUGGCCCGAUGUUGGCGUAAAGGAAGAAGCAUCGUCGAGUCUCGUAUCUAAUGCAGCACCCUAUUCGAAAUGUUUCAUGUAAAGAAGCCAAAGUUGGAGGGAAACACAAGACUAGAAUAUCUUAAGCACCAUGCGUGAAUUAUAUGGAAUUAUUGACUGUAAUAUAAAAGUUCGUGUAGUGAUCAAUGUACACAAAUUAUAGGUAUGAUUUAAGUGCAUUUAAUUUUAUUACACAUUAAAUUAUUUGACAAUGGUAUAAACAUUUUUUAAUAAAUUAAAUGCACAAUGAUAAAUGAUAGUUGAACAUGUUCUUGGGUUACUCAUGAAAUGUUUCAGACGAAAUUCUUUAUUCUUAGUUAUAUAAACAACAGCAAGAAACAUUGUAUCGACACGAACUCGCGUAAAUAUUAUCUGUAGUGUACAAUUAUUGUGAAAAUAUAUUUGUUAAUAGGUGUUGUUCGAAUCUUGUUUCUGUAUUUAGUAGUUCUAGCUGUAGGUUUCUCAUUAAAUAAAAUGAAAGCUAGGAUUGGCCUUCAAAUAAAACUCAGAUUUAAGUAAGUAGUAAGAUUUAAUGUUCAUGAAACAAGUUUGGACACUGUUGAAAUAUUUAUCGUGGAAAUAAUUAUUUACAUUCUUAUCAUCACUGCUACGGAUUUAAAAUAACGAUAUAACUUUACUGGUACACGAAUUCAUUAAAACUAAGUAUUCAUAAUAUCAUCAAAAUUGUCUUAUUUAAUUAAAAAGCUACAACAUCAGAGAAAUAAAGUGCGUGCCUUUAAAGUCACAUGUAUAGUAUUUUCACCAUGCUUAUAUAUAUACUGAAUACAUAUACGAGAGAAAUCAAUGAUAAAAACAAAUCUAUGCUAAUAUUGUGAUAUCAUUUGAGAGGCACUCGAUUGGGUUAAUCAAAAGUUGUGAUAAAACAUGUGACGCCUUGUCUGUGUUUAGUUGCCAAAAUGUUGUGUAUCGCAAACGAUAGUACUUACAAAAUGUUGUUCAGUGAUUUUGUUGCAAGGGUUUGCGUAUUUGUAACAUCAUUUACUUGAUAAUGUAUGGCCACAAAUAUGUAUGUACCGCACAACACAUUUACAGGCGACGUUUUUUAACCACGGUCAGUGUCUCCCAAAGUCUUACAAGUCAGUGUUGCACUCGUUCUGUACCUUAUGGGUCUGAAGUCAAAUGUCAGGAAUAUUAUAUUAUCAAUGUAGGUACAACUAUUACAACUAUUACAUCUAUUCAAUACAUUUUUGAGUUAUAAUAAUGAUAAUUCAAUAUUAGAUAUAAUGUUAAUAUGUUAUCAGAAAUGCUACUAGAUAUGAAAAAUUUAAUAUAGAGAAUACAGUAUAGCUAAUGUUUAUAUGUCAAUCUACUUCAAUUCUAUUUACUUAAUAUUGAGAGGAUUUAAAUAUAUCCUUCUAGAUCUCACAACUAAAAUCUGAAACACGAGGAUGGCAUACUGUCACAAAUGUUUUUUUAUUGUAAAUUUUUCAUGAUAUACUGUGAAUCUCAAUCGAGAAUGUGAAAACUGUCAUAAUGUCUUAAUCCUAUGUUACAAAUAGGUACAAUAAAUGUAGACUAAACUUUU